GAAAUAUUUGUCAAUUAAUUUGACUUUUUUUUCGGGACUGUGAGAUAAAUUUUUAGUUUUUAAAAAUGUCGAAGGCAAAUUUAGCCUUAACAGAAAAUUUCUACUUUAAUAACAUGCUCGCCAGAGCUUUGGUACAGGUUGCACCUUACCAUGAACGUGUUGUACUUCUAAAGUGGUUCGACAGAUUGAACGAAUUAAAAAAAGACCAAAAUGAGCUGGAAAUUCGCAAAGACUAUAUGAUUUUCAUUUUGCUCAUGUUGCAAUGUAAUAAAGUUAGAGAACCGUUUACAGAUCCUCCUCCCAGUAUCAUUAUCCCUUUAAAGGAUGCGGUUAACAAAAAAAUCUACGAAGAAAUUUUACUCUCGAACGACGCAAUUUUGACGUCAGAAAACACGCCCAUAGAUGAAAAUGAGAACGAAGAAGACAAUGAUGACGAUCAAAAAGUCAAAAAUAAAUAUUGUGCCCCGCCAAAAUUUUUUAGCGAGCAACCCUACCCCAACGACGGGGUCAUCGUGUACACUGCAGUGUUCAGCUCGCAAGAAAAAUGUUAGAAAGUCGCUUGAUUUAAU